AUGUUCGCAUACGAGCUUGAAGGUCUUAAGAGAUUAAAUAUUAACCCAAUCCGAUGGGGUAGCAGCUACCGUAUUAAGUACAAGAUCAGUCUAGGCAAGCUCCAAAAGAAUGUGGCUGCUGAUUUCAAGGAAGACAGUAAGUACCGAUUCUACCAAGGCAAGAACAUGGAGUCGCACCUCUACGAGGGAAUUCAGCCUGCUGAGUUCUACGACAAGCUCGAGAACGUGCUCGCAACCCAGAAGUCUGCCUUCAAGGUCAACAUCGCUCUUGGAUACAAGCUUGUCAGCAGAACUGAUGACAGCGAGACUCGCUACUUCCACCCGAAUAUUAGCAACACGUCUGUAUUUAGCACUCCUGUAGCUAUCAACAGCAAGGCUGAUAUUCGUAAGAAGGUGAUCUCGGAGAUUCGCUCCAUGGAGUUGGCUGACAAGCUUAACUACCCCAGCUCCGGGUACAUGGUGAAGGGGAUUACUGGCUUCAAAAUCUAUAUCUACCAACGCGACCAUGCUCUGGGUGAUAGCGAGGCUGUCAUUCCUAAGCACGUCAUCAACUUCCCCAAGACGAACAACAAGUGUGUCUUCCACUGCAUUGCUUAUCACAAGCAGGAGGGAGCCAAGAAGGAUCCUCGCAGAAUCCAGGCUCUGGUGAAACAAGCCUUCAAGCAGUACUGUUCGUACAAGGAGAUCACCUACACUCUGGGUCUGUUCCGCAAUUUCAAGCCUAUCGACAUUCUCCAAUUCGAUGAGCUUGAGGAGUGCUUCAAGCUGAACAUCAACGUCUUCAACAUGGAUGUUGAGACGGGCAAGGUUGAAUGCAUUCGCUGCUCGGACAAGGACUAUGAUUCGAUCAACAUCCUGUCGCACGAGAAUCACGCUCUCUACAUCACGAACGUUGAUAUGCUCCAGCAGAAGUACCAAUGCUCUACGUGUGAGAUGGUGUUUGUUAGCUCUGAUAAGCUACGCAACCACACUAAGAACCAAUGCGAACUCGUGAACAACGAAUCGUUCCCAGCUCAGCCAACCAUCUACCAACCCGCUCCGAACAGCAUUCGUUCCAUGCUGACUAAAUACUCCAUCAAGGAUGCUGACCAUUACAUCGAUCACUUCAUUGUCUAUGAUUUUGAGGCUAUCCUCAAGCCUACGGGUGUCAAAAACGGAGAGAAUACUAUCUUCGCAAACGAACACAUUCCUGUGUCUGUUUCCGUGGCCGACAGCUUGACUGAGGAGGUGCGAUGCUUUGUCAGCGAUGACCCGAAGGAGUUGCUCAAGGAUAUGUUCCAGUACAUCAAGGAAGUUGCGGCUAAGAUUCAGCAGUACAACGUCUCGAAGUACGAGUCUUUGCUCCGCAAAAUCAUCAACGUCCAUGGUUUGACUGACGCUGAGGUUCCUGGUCUAGACUUGGGUAAGACGUACAAGAUGGAUGAUGUCAAUGCUUGA